AUUUAAUUGGAGAAUCAAUAGAAACAGGCCCCGAUGAUCUAAUAUCUCCCUCCCUAAUUCUAAAAUAUUCUUCCCUUAUUAGCGUUCUUCUUUCCAUGUUGCUUUAUUUCUUCACUAAUGUUGCCUUUAUAACGGUGCUUGGGAACGAUCUUAUCAACAAUAAUGAGGACAUUCCGAUUGCUUUACGUUUUGGUAAAGAACUAUUUGGCGAAACUGGAAAAAUGCUUAUGUCAAUACUUGUUGCAAUUUCUGCAUUUGGAUGCGUUAGCGCAAUGGUUUUCGCUUAUGCGCGAAUAAUUAAGUAUGCUGCUGAAACUGAAUUCAUACCAAAGAUAUCCAAUAAGCUUAAAGAUUAUAACAAAACAUUUAAUACAUUAUUUAAUCAAUUAUUGGCACAAUUUGGUUACUGUUCUGUUUUAACUGUUCUUUUUUCGAUAAAAAAUUGUUUUGUUUUUUCCUCCGAUGCAUCCCAAUAUCUCGCUAUGCUUUUCCAUAUCGCG